GUCACUGGUCUGCGUCUGCCCCGCCCCGCAGCUGUACCCGCUUCUGCUCUAGGCCUGAACUGGAUUUGUAGCGAAGCUGCUCCAAUGGAGACCCUGCUUAAGCGGGAGCUGGGCUGCAGCUCAGUCAAAGCUACGGGUCACUCGGGCGGCGGGUGCAUUAGCCAGGGCCAGAGUUAUGACACGGACAAAGGACGAGUGUUUGUGAAAGUGAACUCCAAGGCAGAGGCAAAAAGGAUGUUUGACGGUGAGAUGGCAAGCUUAACUGCCAUUCUGAAGACAGACACAGUCAAAGUACCCAAGCCCAUCAAGGUUCUCGAUGCCCCAGGAGGAGGGAGCAUGCUAGUGAUGGAACAUCUGGACAUGCGGUACCUGAGCAGUCAUGCUGCCAAGCUUGGGACCCAGCUUGCAGAUCUACACCUUGAGAACAGGAAGCUUGGAGAGAGGCUCCUGAAGGAGGCUGGCACUGUGGGGAAAGGAGGUGGACAGGCCGAGCAGCAGUAUGUGGACCAGUUUGGGUUUGAUGUAGUGACGUGCUGUGGAUACCUCCCCCAGGUAAAUGACUGGCAAAAGGAUUGGGUCACAUUCUAUGCAAGGCAGCGCAUUCAGCCCCAGAUGGACAUGGUGGAGAAGAAGUCUGGGGACCGGGAAGCUCUUGAGCUCUGGUCUGCUCUGCAGUUGAAGAUUCCUGACCUGUUCCGUGACCUGGAAAUUGUGCCCUCCUUACUUCAUGGAGACCUCUGGGGAGGGAAUGUAGCAGAAGAUUCCUCUGGGCCCAUCAUUUUUGAUCCAGCAUCCUUCUAUGGCCACUCAGAAUAUGAGCUGGCAAUCGCCGGCAUGUUCGGAGGCUUCAGUAACUCCUUUUACUCCGCGUACCAUAGCAAAAUCCCUAAAACCCCAGGAUUUGAGAAGCGCUUGCAGUUGUAUCAGCUCUUUCACUAUCUGAACCACUGGAAUCAUUUUGGAUCUGGGUACAGAGGAUCCUCUCUAAACAUAAUGAGGAAUCUCAGCAAAUGAACUGGCUUCCCACCAGAGGGAAGAGUCUCUUACGGGUGUGCUGGGUCUCCUAAUAAGAUGACUCUACAUCUAGAUCAAGUCCUACCAUCCAUCCUAAGCAUCUCACUGUGAACUGAGGGAAGUGCCUCGGCGUCAGGUGACCUGAUCCCAACUAUUUGGCCAAGGAGCUCAUGAGUCUCCACAGUCCCCUUCCUCAUGAAUUCCCCCUAUUUAUUCCAUGGCAGCACUUGCUUAAGAUCCCCUGUUUCUUUCUUUCUUUUCUUCCUCCCUUCUUUUUCCUAUUUUCUCACAUAUUACGUCCUGACUGCAGUUUCUCCUCCUCAGAAUCUCCUCUGCCACACCCCCCAGGGAUCAACCAAGCAGAGUAUAACAAGCUACAGUAAGACCAGGCACAUAACAUCACAUCAAGGCUGGAUGAGGCAACCCAGAAGGAGGGAACGGGUCACACAGUAGGCAAAAGAGUCGGGGACACCUUCCCUUCCCAUUGUUAGGAUUCCCACACAAACUCCAAGCUUCUCAGCCAUAACAUACAUGCAGAGGACCUAGGUCAGAGCCCUACAGGCUCCUGAUCACCUCAAGCCCCCGAGUACCAGUCAGUUGAUUCUAUGGGCUGUAAACUGUGAAAUAUGGGUUCCCUCAGAGGAAAGGUUAUGUAAUUCUGUUGUUGUGUACUUUGUAAGACUGCCUGGCUAGAUUAGGCCUCACUGGUGAUAUGAACAGACGCACUGAAGUUUAGGUAUAGUGAGCCAUACUCCAUUGCCAAGGUAGAAAACAGUGAGUGACUGUUGGUGUGGUGAAGGGAGUUCACCCUGCAGGGAAGUGGCUGAUGUGUCCACCUCCCAUCUCUUCCUCACACAUUGUCAACAUUUCUGAGCUAUUCAUGGUGAUGCUUUGUGAUGGUUGGACUUGAUCUAGACACGGAGUCAUCUUAUGAGAAGACUUAAAUAAUGACCAACUCUAAAAUCAAUGACGUUCCAUUUGCUUAUGUAGCACUUCUGGACCCUGCUAUAAGCUGAGUAGUCUGGAGAUUGGUUUGGGGACUGACCAACCUUAUGGGUAACUAACUUGGUCUCAAUUUAGGAGCCUGAAAAUACUCCUGUUGUACCAACUUUGUGCUCUCUUAUCUUUGUUUCUUUCUUGCCUUCUUUCAUUCCUUUUUUUUUCUUUUGGUUUGUUUGUUUUACAAGACAGGGUUUCUCUAUGUAAACC